AUGACUCGAAGUCUCUGUUCUUUUGAGCCCUACCGAUAUGAAUAUAGGAAGUGGUUUUUAUCUUUUUUAGUGAUUCUAUUAUGCAUCCAUAUUAGCAGAGCUCCCCUCGUGCCAAUUGUAGGAAAAGAAAAUGGUCAAGUCGUAGCCAAGUCAUUGGCUACUGAUACCCCCACCACAACUAACCUAGAGAUGAUAUUUCUUGGAACCGGUCCUUCCGGCCGAAUUCCGGAAGCUGGCUGCAUCUUGGGACCCGAAGGACCUUGUGCCGGUUGCAAGUUAGCCAUGGCCAAGUCAACAGAUUCUCCUGUCUUUGACAAGAGGGGAAACACUUCAGCAAUCCUUCGAUUUGUCCCGCCGACUUUGGACAAGAAUGAAAAGGCUACCCCUAAAACAAUAUUAAUCGAUGCUGGGAAAAGUUUUCAGACCUCUGCCCUUGAGUUAUUCAAGCGUAACGGGCUCUCCAAAAUUGAUGCUGUCUUACUUACUCAUCCUCACGCGGACGCAUCCUUGGGAUUAGAUGACUUAAGAUCUUGGACGUCCGGAGCAAAUCCCAUUCAAAAAACAAUGGCUAUUUAUUGUGAUCAAGACACAUUUUUGACGAUAAAGCAAAUGUUUCCUUAUAUGAUAGACCCCUCAACUGCCACAGGUGGGGGAAGUGUACCCACCUUUCAAUGGAAUAUCUUUGAAAGAGAAAAGCCUCUGGACCUCUUUGGGCUGCGUGUUACACCCCUCACGACUCAUCAUGGUACUGUUGGACAAGGACAGGACGCCCGUCCCUACGAAUGUGCCGGUUUCCUUUUUGACCGCUCAAUCGUCUACAUGUCCGAUGUGUCCUCGAUCCCCGAGUCUACAUGGACUGCUCUGGCUUCUCUGGGAGUUCCCAGCUCUAUCCCUUCGGAGACACAUCCUCAACCUCGGCCCUCCCUUCCUAUCCUUGUUAUUGACACACUCAGACUAGUGACACGACCAUCUCACUUUGGGAUAGAAGAUGCAUUGAAUACAGCUCAUAGGCUCGGUGCACAGAAGACUUAUCUCGUUGGAUUUGAACAUGGAGUAACGCACAAAUCUUGGGAGCGUGCAUGCAAGGCAUUUGGAGAGGGAAUUCCAAAUAUUGACAAGAAGGAAGUUAAUACCCAGAUGAGGCUUGUGGAUAUUGGGAAAGACCCAGAGCUGUUCCAUCGGACAGCGCUCUACAUGGGCAAACCAAAAAGCCCGAUGUGGGUUCGACCCGCAUUUGACGGACUAAAGAUCAGUACAAAUGGAGAGACCGCACAAGAUGAUCAUUACUCCUAA